GCUACGAUCGAGUCUUACUAGAAAGUAAGCGGACUAAACUCGACUGAGCAGAAGCGUGUAUGUUGGCUGAAACGUUGGUAUGGUAAAUUCCUAAGAUGUUUUAAAAGAUGUGUUGUCGCCGCUAAAGUGAUCGUUUUAAUCACACUUUGAUUUUCUGUAUUUUAUCUCGUACAUUAUUCCAUGGGGAAGAAACAAAGUAAGCUAGGGAGUGACGUAGUCUCGAGACUUGUGAAGGAGACUUAUUUUUCUGAAAAAGAGAUAAAACAGUGGUACAAAGGCUUUUUGAAAGACUGUCCUAAUGGGCAACUUACAGAAGAGGGUUUUCAGCGGAUCUACAAACAGUUUUUUCCACAAGGCGACCCUGCUAAAUUUGCUUCCCUAGUGUUUGGAGUAUUUGAUGAAAACAAGGACGGAACAAUUGAGUUCGAGGAGUUCAUCCGGGCCUUGUCUGUGACAUCACGCGGGAAUAUGGACGAAAAACUUGUUUGGGCUUUCAAGCUUUACGACGUGGAUAACGAUGGCUCUAUAACUAGAGAAGAAAUGUACAAUAUUGUUGAUGCUAUCUAUCAGAUGCUGGGGAACAAGGAUAAGGAAGAUGGUGACGAAGAAACUCCAAAAGAAAGGGUAGAUAAAAUAUUUGAACAACUGGAUAAGAACAAUGACAACCAACUGACUAUUGACGAAUUCAGGGAAGGAUCGAAAAGGGACCCCAAAAUUGUUCAGGCUCUUUCGCUUUAUGCACCUUAGCGCCAUCUGGUGUAAAAGUAUUGAAAUUGCAUAACAUAAUAUCAUUAUUAUUAUUAAUAUUAUUAUAUGCCAUCUGCCUGAAGAGAAAAAAAAUACUGAUAUUAAACUCCUAAAAUAAAAAUCGCUGAUUGAUUCAGAUAAUCUAAUAAUAAAAAUAUUUGUAGUCUUUUUGUACCUUAAUAAUCCAAGAUUUAAAAGAUUAUUGUAAAGUUACAAAAUUGUUAAAAACAUGUUCGUGGUAAUAGUAAUAAGACUAUUUAUAUCUUAUUUGAAGUUCUUAAUGAAUAACCCACCUUUUGUAUUUGUAAAUAUUUAUCCUCCAUCAAUCACCCUGAAACGUCAAAAAAAGUUUCACAUUCUCAACUUACAAAAUGUAUUAUUGUUCGUGGUAUGCAUUUUUCAUUAGCUACUAAUAGAAAUGGAUAUUUUCAAAGAUUCCUAAACUUUGAUGUUUGUAUUUUAUUUAUUCCUUUUUUUUUCAGUACUAAACUAUAGUCUAGUCAGAUUUAGUCGAGACCAGUUGCGCAUUGUGCAGAAGAACUUAUUACAACAAUACUUUCAACUAUUGUAGCAUCAGUAACUAGAGCUACAAACAAAUUCAAAUUAGUUUUAAUAGACUGACACCGGGAUUCGCUUAUAGGCGGGCUAACUAACGUAUUUAUUGUAUAUUGUUUCAUUCAGCACAUUACUGUAACGUUAAGAUUGUUGAAAAAAAAUCACUAAGUUAAAACUUGUAUUCGCAGUUAAUGGUUACGUACUUCUAUCUUCGUGUAUAUUUUCAUAGUGAAAAAAAAAUAGUUUAGAGUGUUAAACAUUUGAUAAUAUUGAUUUCUUGUGCUUUCACUUUGUUAUUCAAUUUACACAUCAUUAUGUUCAAGAAAUAAAGAUUGAUUAAAACGUAUCAAGAAAGCUGUGUAAUGCAAGAUUAAAGUUAUGAAAAGAAAUGGCUAAAUACAAGAUACCUAGAUUAUUAUUUAUUUAUCACAACACAUUUCAUACAUCGCAUUUGAUCCCCAGACUUGUAAAACAAUACCACCACCACCACCACCACCAGAUAAAUGGGAAUGGCAAUAAAAUGUACCUUCAAUUCAGUAUAUGAUGAUAAAGUACUUUGUUUUUAAAGAACUAUAAUUAUCCCUAAAAAAUCUAUUUCAGACUUAUUGCAAUAGGACAUUCAAAGAAAUAUGUCAGCAUGAUGUUUUAGUGGAAACGCUUGAUUGAAUAUCGGAUAAACGAAAUACCUUAAAACCAAUUCUAAUUACAUUAUAGUUGGUUUUUGUAUAGAACUCAACUUAAGUAAAAUAAUAUAUAUAUAUAUAUAUAUAUAUAAAUGAUAAAGGAAUUAAAAAGUAUGUUUUUAUUCUUUCGAAGAGAGCAGAUUUAACAAACAGUUGAAUAAAAAAAAACAACAAAAAUUUUAAUGCUUCAAAAAAAUUUCGGCCAUUUUAUAAUAAUUGUGAUAACUCAAAAACAAAACUCAACUAUCGGUGUAAAGUUGUAACUAAGCUCAUUGUCUUGAUAUCUGUAGAACCACUAUGUUAACCAAAUCCAGGAUAAAUCUUCAUCUAAUAUUGGUUGUAGUUUAUUUUAAAAUAAACAAAAAAUGUGCACUUGAAAAAGUAAUGUAUAUUUUGAUUGAUCUUGCGCAUUGCAGUUUUUUUUUAAAUAUUAAAAUCAUGAAAUCAUUAUCAAAAAGGUAUUGUACCUAUACAACACAAGUAAUUUAACCGAAGUUUUUAAACUGAGAUAAGGGAAAUUUCUAGACUUUAAAAUGAUAACAUUUUUGUUUUUCGUGUAAUUUUCUAUGAUUGUCGCAGAUUUUGAAAAUAAACAGAAUUCGAUAAACAGUAUUUCACUUAAUAUAAGAAGUUUAUUUAUUACGUGUUAUAUCAUUACAGGAUUAAAUACAAAAUAAUUCGUCGAUGAUUCAAAGUUGUAAGAAAAAAAAAAGUGAGUUGUUUUACUGAAAUGUGUUAUACUCAAAGGAUGUAGACCAAUAAAGCGUUUUAUAUACAAA